CCAUCCAUCCAUCCCUCCACUCCUCCAUCCACACAGCCAUCCAUCUAUCCCUCUCUCACACUCUCACACACACCUUUUCUCUCUCUCUAAACUGUGUGAUUAUUAAUCCCACCCGUCGUGCAGCUAAAGAGAAGGCUCUCCAGCACACGCCCUCCUCCUCCUUCUUCUUCUCCUCCUCCUUCUCCUCCUCCUCCUCUUAGCGAUGGUCUGCUCCUGUGGUGAAGGGGUUUGGAUGUCUGAAAGCUUUUGAGCUUCGUUCACAGACGAGCGUGCGUGCGAAUAAGUGGUGAAAGGACUUUCCCAGAGCACCAGUGGCCUUGCGGAACGAACGAACGAACACACCCACACACACACACAAGCACACAUACACAAACGUUUAGAGAGUGUACAGGGCGCUCGACACUAGGACGAGAAACCGUGUCAAGUGCAGAAGCGUGAGUUCGGGCUGCGAUGGAGGAGAACAUGGAAGAAGGACAGACACAAAAAGGGUGCUCUGAGUGCUGUAUUAAAUGCCUGAGCGGGAUUCCCUACGCCUCUCUCAUCGCCACCAUCCUGCUCUAUGCCGGCGUGGCGCUCUUCUGCGGUUGUGGGCACGAGGCGCUCUCUGGCACUGUAGCCAUCCUGGAAAACUAUUUCGAAGUGGUCCGAGUAUCAACUGAAACCUUGGACGUCUUUACCAUGAUCGAUAUCUUGAAGUACGUGAUCUACGGCGUGGCUGCUGCGUUUUUUGUCUAUGGGAUCCUGCUGAUGGUCGAGGGCUUUUUCACCACUGGGGCAAUCCGCGACCUCUAUGGAGAUUUCAAGAUCACAACCUGCGGCCGCUGUGUGAGCGCCUGGUUCAUCAUGUUGACCUACAUCUUCAUGCUGGCCUGGCUGGGUGUGACGGUCUUCACCUCUCUCCCAGUCUUCAUGUACUUCAACAUCUGGAACACCUGCCAGAACAGCACAGUCGCUGAGGGAGCCAACCUGUGCUUCGAUCUGCGCCAGUUUGGAAUUGUAACCACUAAUGAUGACAGGAAGAUCUGCACUGGAACCGACAAGUUCAACCAGAUGUGUGCUUCUGACGAGUUGGAUCUGACAUUCCACUUGUUCGUUUGUGCUCUGGCGGGGGCAGGAGCAGCCGUCAUUGCCAUGGUGCACUACCUGAUGGUCCUGGCGGCGAACUGGGCCUACGUGAAGGACGCGUGCCGUAUGCAGAAGUACGAAGACAUCAAGAGCAAGGAGGAGCAGGAGCUUCACGAUAUUCACUCCACUCGCUCCAAAGAGCGCCUUAACGCCUACACAUAAACCAUACACACACACACACACACACACACACACACACAUAUAUAUACAAAUACACAUACACACAAUCCCAGCAUGUUCCUUUCCUUCCCUAGACAACACACACACACACACACACAUAUAUAAGCACACAUGUAAUGAGUUUUGAUUGUUUAGAGGAUCGCCAAGAUCAUGGACUUUCACACACUUGUAUGUUUUUUUGGGUUUUUUUCCAUUUCUAUUGUGACUUUUCUCUUGUAAAUUUUUUUCCGAUGGCUCUUAUCCUUCGACGUGGCGUCAAAAUGCGAACCGAUCCACUUCGAAUUCCCAAAACAAGUUGUCGUUUGACAAGCCCCACCCACUAGCACAUAAGCUCCACCCAUUCGAACAUACGCUCCACCCACUACCCCUUUAUUAUUACAUUUAACAGACGGCCUUUUAUCAAAAGCAACUUACAAUAAUCUCACGUUUUUUUCUUUUUCUUUUAAGCAAAUGAGGCUCAAGGGCCAUACUCAGGGGCCCAACAGAGGCGGCUUGGUGGUGCUGGAACUUGAACUCAUAACCAGCCGAUUAGUGACAUAUAACACGCCCGGGUGUGCUCUCAUUCGCAACAAAUUUACAUAAAACACACCCUAUUUGAGUCAGGCAUUUGAAGAGUUUGCAAAAACACUGCGACGAUGUUUUACCAAUUAAUAAGAAAAAGAGUUACGGAAUUUCAAAUAAAUGCCAAAGACUAAAUUUAAUAAAUAAAA